AUGCGCGGCUCCUGGGACGAAGCCACGACGGCGGCGCUGCACGCGCGCAUCCUGGAGGCGCACCGCGGGCCAGCGGCCGACCGCGCCGCCGAGCCCGCGCCCUGCGCCGACCCGCCCGCCCUCACCAUCAACGCGCUCGAGCUGGCCGCGCCGACGCCGCUGCUGCCGCUGCCCACGCUCUCCUUCAGCGCGGCCCAAGUCGCCACCGUCUGCGAAACACUAGAGGAGAGUGGCGAUGUGGAACGUCUCGCGCGGUUUCUCUGGUCCUUGCCGGUGGCGCAUCCGAACGUUGCCGAAUUGGAGCGGUGCGAGGCCGUGCUCCGGGCGCGCGCCGUCGUCGCUUUUCACGCCGGCCGCCACCGUGAAUUGUACUCGAUUCUCGAACGACACCGGUUCCAGCGGUCGAGUCACGCGAAACUUCAAGCUCUAUGGUUGGAGGCGCACUACCAGGAAGCGGAGAGGCUCCGGGGCCGUCCCCUCGGUCCCGUCGACAAAUACAGAGUUCGGAAGAAGUUCCCUUUACCUCGCACCAUUUGGGACGGUGAACAGAAAACUCAUUGUUUUAAAGAGCGGACACGUUCACUUUUGAGAGAGUGGUACUUGCAAGAUCCUUAUCCGAAUCCGACGAAAAAGAGAGAAUUAGCGGCGGCGACGGGCCUAACGCCGACGCAAGUCGGUAACUGGUUCAAGAACCGGCGGCAGCGGGACCGCGCGGCCGCCGCCAAGAACCGCUCGGCGCUGCUCGGUCGCGGUUUCGCCUCCUCUUCCACUUACGACGAGGAUUCGGCCGACUCCGAGAUCAACGUCGACGAGGAGUAG